ACAGAACGGGCCCGGUUUGUUACGUUAGCCUUAAUGAGACAUUCAGGUAUACUUGCUGAUGUAAUCAUGGCCACUAUUAGACACUGUACACACCGUUCCGCUUGUUCGGGGCCGGCUGAUAUGUGUUUUCUCGGUGUACAGACGUGGCGCGCCUUUGUGAAGUUGCAAGGCGUGCAGUCCGUUACGGAAGAUUACAACAACUACGUAUCAUUCAUUCACACACACACACAUUGCAAGUCAACCGGUGAUUGUGCGUGGCCCUUGCCGUUUUGUGAGAGAGGCCCGGAGUUCAAGUUCGUCCGUGUGCAGAGUCAUAUAUUAAUGAAUGGUGAUUAAGCAGGAAAGUUUACUCGGAGGUAGUCUCAACUGAAGUGCCGGCCGGGAACAAAGUACAAAAGCAAUCAGUGCACUUGAGACACAAAAUCCCUCUCGAAGACACGUCGCUAAGUGUUGUGGAUACACGAGAAUGGGAGUUAUACAUAAAUAGUAUCGGCACGCAAGGCGAAAACAAGCGCGAAGACACGGACUACAAGUCGGGGCUGUGAUUCACACUAAUCUCAGCUGUGACGUGGUCCUAUAAUCUUAAUCCCCUCUAUUUGUCCGCCAACCAUCGGGGCAGAAACGGGACUAAAUCCCUUAAUUAGUCUGGCGUAAUUGAACGGCAUAUCUGCUGUCACUGGCGACCUGUUUUCUGUGCCACGGCUCCCGUUCUUUUAAACUCUUCUGGGUGACGUACAUAUAUGUGAUAUCAGGAGAGACAGUGCCCGACCCGGGACGGUGUGAAGGCUGCUAUCUCGGCAGGGACCGUCCGACAUUCCGUUGCUAAGCUGUUGUCGUGUAGGUGGGAUGGUGGUCGGCCCAGGAUAAGUGUGUGUGUGUUCUGCCGCGCCCCGAGAACACUGUUGACUUUUCCUUUGCUCCAAAGUGACCCGAGACGCGAGGGGCCCAUACCGGAGCAGUAGCAACUCUAGCGGCGACUCUAACAAGACUGUCACCGGGGUCCGACCUCCGACAUGCAGGCGGAGAAACCACGGACGCUGCAGAUGGCGUCCACGGAGAAGGAACUGGAGACGUACCGACUCAACAAGAAGGAGACGAGGCGUCUUCAAGAAGUUCGGAGCCAGCUGGAGAGGAGUGAGAAGAUACAGGUGCGGUCCCUGAGCCAGGAGUCGGACGUGGUGUACCAGGACCUGGAGAGGCUGCACGCGCGCGAUCUCACGCCGUCCCUCUCAGAGUGGCUACAGGGCAGGGUCAGCACCAAGAAGAGCGCUCAGCGCAAGUUCCUGGCCCGAAAGAUCGACAGCCCGAAGGCGCGCGCCCGGAAGAAAGCUGCUGUGGACGCCGAGAAGCGCCUGAACGAGCUGGCCUACACCAACAGGAUGUUCCGCGCCUCCGUAGAGCAGAUGAUGGGAGACCCUGCCGUGGUGGACGACACGUCGGCCGUGGAAACCGUUGCUAGGCACAACGCGUCGGCCGUGGAUAUCGUUGCUAGGCACAGCGCGUCGGCCGUGGAAAUCGUUGCUAGGCACAGCGCGUCGGCCGUGGAAACCGUUGCUAGGAACGACGCGUCUGCCAUAGAAACUGUUGCUAGGCACGUCUCGUUCCACUUGGAGGACGGUCAGGGUGGUGAAACAGGUACCGAUGCGGACACGCGGCCAGACGGCACGGAAAGCCGGGAACAGGAACUAGACGCAGAGGCGGCCGAAUGACAGGAACAUUGCCGCCGUGGUAGCCUAGCGUACAAGAGGCACCACGGGGCGCUGGAAAAAUUGUAGAAAUUGACCAAAUACUGAUGCCAUACAACAUGCCAGUGGAGUUAGCCGGCUAGAACGUAGAGCUGGCAACACAGGGACAUGGACAAACUUUGAAUUUUGGCCGGUUAGUGUAUAGUGUGCCACCAGUGUGUUAACGUUUUCUGUCAAUUUGGCCUAUUUCUACUAUUUUUCCACUGACAUUUGGAGCCUGGUAGAGGUUAGCGCCGUGGCACGUUUACGUCUUGGAAACGGUGACCGUCGUUGCCAUUUGUUAUGUAGAUAUCCGAAGCAACACUUCAAUUACCAAUAUGCGACAGUGGAAAAUUGUAAAGUUCGUGAAAAAAGACACCAAUUCUUCGCCACUUGAUAUCACGUGUAGACAGAACAUGCCACAUGUAUAUGUAAUAAACUGUAACCGUUUUGCGACAUGACAUCGACCAUUUCAAGUGGCAACGGCCGUUUGCAAGGCGGAGGUAAGCCGAAUGAGUCGUGAUGGGAUAUUCAGAACUGUGCACUCAGAUAGUCAAUCACGUUUGGGACCACAUUGUCCUUGCCACAACGCCCUCAUGCGGUUAGGGGCAGCAUUACCCCCUGAUAGAGGAAUAAGAUUUUUCAGUAACAGAGGGUAUCUUAAAUGCGGCAACGUUCUAUACCGUUUAUGGACCUCCGACGGACUUUGGGUACCUUCCGUUGAUACGUUGAUGUUGAUUUUAUACGCCAAUGGCAAUAUUCAUCGCAAUGAUGUUAAAAAAAAAGUGAUACUGAGCAUAUGAAAUAUGUGUCUAAGGGAAUUUGUGAGAAACCGUAUAUAUAUAAACUGUGCAAUUUGUAGAUAUGUAUAAGAUCAUCUGUAUGUGUGUAAGAUACGGUGCUCAUAAGUCUGGGAGUGUGACUUUAAAGUUAUGCACGUCCAGUGUCAGGUGCUGAUACAUGCGAUAGAGGACGGAAGAAAAGCCUGUCGAUACCUUCACAGUACUUCAAACUGGAUGGAAAUAUGGCUCUUGAAAUGCGAACUGAUUACCAGCAUGUUAUAGCGCUAGUUAUAGCCACCUGACAGUUGCCAGGAUUCUAGAACCGCCGUUAGUCAUGAACUUGCUGUUACGUGCGGUCUCCAUGACUACACGCAGGUAAUGACUCCCCGCGUCACGUCUCUCUCCAGCAAACUUCACCCGAGCACGUUUUUCUACCUUUCAUGACUGAAUGAAUGAAGAGCUUUAUUGUACAUAUAUAUUAUCGCAUGGGUUAACUAUAGGUCGCAACAAAAGAAUACAUGUUGUUGUCAGAUGCAUAGUGUGCAUACGAUGUUG